AUGCACAAACAAUAUAAUCUUGAUCUUUCUAUCAAAUCUGCAAAUAAUACACCAUCCAGCUGCUUAAUUUUUUCUUCAAGAUCUACAGAGUCAUAUUUAUCUAUAAAAGAAAUUCUUGUAUCAUUAGAUAUACAACAAUUUGAAUUAAAUAAUGCAGCCUUUUUGGAAGAUUUCUCAAACUUAUCUUCUAUUGAUUACUCUUACAAAUUCGAAUCUUCUUAUGUACUAGAAGCACUUUCUGAUGUUGA